GAGGAGGUGGAGGAGGAUGGGGCUGAGCAAGGAGAGGCACAGGAGGAUGAGGCACCCAGGAACCGGUCCUUCCCGAGGAUCCGCGUGAUUCUCCACAUCCCGAGACUGUUGUCAAUGGAAAAAAUGAGGAUAGACCAGAGCAGCCCAGCGAGAAUGGGGUGGGCGUCCUCAUAACCAGCGGCCGCAACACAGCCCUGGGCACGAUCUCACAGGAUGGCAAGGAAGCACCCGAGGAAGUGGUGGAAAAGAAGUACAUAACGAAGACAGUAGUGGAGACAUACUUACACACGGUGCUGUACACGAGCCUGAACUAUGUGCCGGACACAUUUGCCGACAAUCAGGCCGUCUACUUUUUACGGGACGCCAAAGAACGCCUGGAUGAGCCGAGCGAUAUGCAGGAGGCCGCGUGUGAGCUUCCCCCGCCUCGUGGAGGUGGGGCUGCUGGGUGCCGGGUCACUGGCCUCCCUGCACGAGACACUCACGCAGGUGUUCGCGCCUCUGCUCGCCUACUCGCGGUACCGGCAGGGAGAGGGGUGGCGCGGCAAUGCCACAGAGGGGACCGUCGAGCCGCACUCCGUGCUGACCAUCCGAGACGAGUUCCUCAUGAGCCUGCCUAAGUUUGCUCAGCAAGUGCAGCAGACGGUGCACCAGCUGCAGGGCAAGGUGCGGCUCGAGAUGCCGGAGAUGGAACAGGGACGGAGUCCCAGAGAGCUGGCAGGUGACCCUGUGGUGGUGGCGAGCCUGGAGAGAGCUGUCACUGGCUGGCAAACCCAGAUCUCUGGCCUGUUGGAGAGCCUGCUGGGCAAGACGCCGCAGGGCAAGGGCCCCCUGGCCGAAGUGGACUUCUGGCGCGAGCGCUGCGCAGUGCUGAGCGCCGUGUGCGAGCAACUGCGUUCGCCAGCUGCCCUGGCCGUGCUCGCCGCCCUGGGCCACGCCGAGCCCGUGGCGCUGCAGAAUUUCCAGCUGACGGCGUCCGAACUGGCGGCACUGCAGGUGGAGGCCAAGGACAACGUGCGCUUCCUCUCCACGUUGGAGCGCCACUUUAAGAACCUGGCGCACGGGAGCGGCUUUGGCGUGCUGCUGGAGACGGUGCCGUGCAUGAUGGGCGCCCUCCGCAUGGUGUGGAUCAUCUCGCGCCACUACAACAAGGACGAGCGCAUGGUGCCACUCAUGGAACGCAUCGCCUGGGAGAUCGGCGAGCGUGUGCGGCGCGUGCUCAACGUGCGCGACCUCUUCAGCGAGGACUGCGAGUUGGCUAUGUCGCGAGCGCUGGAGGCUCGCCGCGUGCUGGAGCUCUGGCGGGAGUCCUACCUGGAGGUGCGUGCUCGCAUCGAGGCGUCGGGCCGAGACCAGCGCUGGGAGUUUGACCGCCGCCUGCUGUUCGAGAGCACCGACUUCAUGGCGUCCAUCUGCCAGGACCUGCACGAUGUCGUACAGGUGUUGGAGGAGUUCUACAACAUCUUCGGGCCGGAGCUGAAGGCGGUAACGGGAGACGCCCGGCGUAUCGACGAGGUGGUGCAGCGCGUGGACGCGCUCGCCGUGCCCUUCCGCGACCUGCCCUUCGACCCUUUCGACCUUCGACACACGCACUCGUGGCGGCUCGUCAUGGAGGCCUUCCGCAGCCAAGUCAGGGCAAUCGAGGAGGAGGCUAAGAGCUUCAUAGACGAGUCGUUCCGGAGUCUGCGCUCCGCCGAGGCGGCCUUCGACAUGCUCCAGCGGUUCCGGCACAUCCGUCGCUCGCGCCGCGCUAUCAACAACCAGAUGAUGCACAAGUUCAACGACAUUCUGGAUCAGUACUGCAAAGAGCUGGAGGUCGUGCAGGCGCUGUUCACGAAGCACGCAUCUGAGCCACCCGUGGGUAAGAGCGAGCCGCCCGCAGCCGGCGCCAUCCUGUGGGCAAGGUCGCUGUUCCAACGCGCCAAACGACCCAUCGUGCGCUUCCAGGAGGCGGAGGGGAUGCUGGCCACCGAGCAGGGCAAGGAGGUGAGGAGGCGGUACGUGGAGUUUGCGCGAGUGGUGAAGGAGUACGAGGACUCUCGUCACGAGCAGUGGCGCCGCGACACGGAGCAGGCCCUGCCGGCACUCCUGCGCCGGAACCUGCUGUGCCGUGUGACCGUCGACUCCGCCGAGCAAGGGACAACCAUCAUCGAGAGCAGCAGCAGUGAGUACGGCGAGGACUGCCCGCCGCGAGGAGCCCGCUAUGCCGUCAAUUUCGCCCCGGAGCUGCUAGAAGAGAUGGCCGAGUCCAAGCGCAUGGAGGCGCUGGGCUACACGGUGCCGGAGUUGGCGCGCAAUGUCACGCUGCAGGAAGACAAGUACCACAGGUACGUGGAAGGCCUGAAGAGGCUACUGGGCAGCCUGCAGGUGGUGCUGAGCAGCGCGAGCGAAGCAGAGACACAGCUGCUGGACGAACACCUUCAUGCCCUGUGGAAGGUGCUGCUGCCCGGCUACCGCAGGCUCAACUGGAACUCUCUCGGCAUCGCGGACUACAUUUCGCGCUGUGAGGUGGCGCUUAGCAAGCUGGAGUCACUUGUGGCCCAGGUGCAGAAGAAUGCGAGGGACGUGACCUCGAAGCUGGCGCUUAUCGAGUCCGCCGACCUCUUCCGUUUCCCCGUUGCGAAGUCGGACGAUGAUGUCCCAGGGGUGAAGGAAUUCUUUGAGAGGGUUGAGCAAGCGCGGGCACAGGACGUGGAUGUGCUGGUCCGCCGGUGGUUGGCCGUGGGGCCUCUGCUCACCAAGGUGGAGGGUGUGGUGGCCGGGACCAACACGGGCCGCUCGCCACGCCUAGGGGCCUACUAUGCGUACUGGGAGGGUCGCGCCUAUGAGGCUCUGCGCAAGAUGGUGCUGAGGAACCUGCAGCGCCUGAAUUCUCUGCUGUUGGGCGAGCGUCCACUGUUCUCGCUGGACGUCGCCCUCUCGGCGCCUGACAUAGUGCUGCAGCCGGCCGCCGGCGAGGUCUACAAACUCGUGCUUCACUCGGCCAGUGGCUGCGUGGAGACCACCAAGCACUUUGUGCGUUGGAUGCACGGCACGUGCCUGGAGACGCCACCACAGCCUGUGCGUGGGGAGGACGAGCCCAUCAUCUUCAACUUCUUCGCCGACGUGGCCAAGGACCCGGCGGUCGUGGAGCUGUUUCAGGCCGCCCUGCAGGGCAUGCAGCGUGUGCUGCAUUCAUUGACGCGCCCCCUUGUGCGCUGGGGACGGUACCGCCAGCUCUGGAAGAUGGACAAGGCUAUACAGAUGGAGAAGUUUGCGUCGCGCCGGCCCUCGGUGAUCUUGUACGACGACAAGCUGCAGUACUACCGGCGUGUGAGCGACGAGAUGGGCGGCCAGCCGGCGGUGCGCACGGAGCACUGCGUCCUCCUGCGCCUGGCGCCGCUCGUCGACGCCGUGCGGAGGCACGCCCGCGCCUGGGUCCUCUCGCUCGGCGAGCUGCUCAACGAGUCAGCGCGACAGGACCUGCACGGGCUGAGAGACGAGCUGCAGGAGCUGCUGAAGGGUGUGCGGCAAAGUCCCGACAGCCUGGAGGAGCUGAAGGGCGUCCUCGCCAACAUCUCGAACAUCCGAGACGUGUCGCUCGCCGUAGAGGCUCGUAUCUGCGAUAUCAAGGAGCGGUACCGCACGCUGGCCAUGUACAACAUUGAGGUCAGGGAGGAUGAGCUGGAGCUGGUGGGGAGUAUCCAGGAGGCGUGGGAUGACCUGGUGCUUGAGUCAAAGCAGGUGGACUUCAGCCUUGGCUCCGUUAAGAAGCAGUUCACCCAGAUUACGGCUGGGCAGAUCGAGGCAUUCCAGACGGUCGUGGGCAGCUUUGCCGAUCGAUUCCACAAGGAGGGGCCGGGCUCUGUGGGGUCUGACCUCGACAGCGGUCUCCGCAUGCUGGCGGAGUAUGAGAAGGAGCUGGCAGAGCAUGAGAAGGAGCGGCAGGAGCUGGCCAACGCCGAGAAGCUGUUCGACCUGUCCAUCACGGCCUACCCAAACCUGCAGCAGCUGCAGCGGGAGGUGCGGGGCCUUCGCCAGAUCUACGACAUCUUCCAGGCCUUCACGUCCUCCAAGGAGGAGUGGUCCCAGACGCUGUGGGCCAACCUGGACGUGUCGCAGCUGCAGGGCGGUACGGAGGGGCUCUUCAAGACGCUGAAGCGGCUUCCCCGUGACGUGCGCUCGCUGCCCGCCGCCCACCACCUCGAGGCCAAGAUGAAGGAGUUCCGCGACUCUAUCCCACUUCUGCUGGACAUCAAGAAUGAGGCGAUGAGGGAUCGCCACUGGCAGGAGCUGAUGGAAAAGACUGGGCAGCGCUUCCAGAUGAACGCGGAGACUUUCACGCUGGAGAACAUGUUCACUAUGGAGUUGCACCGGCAUGCGGAGGUCAUCGGCGCCAUCGUCUCGUCCGCCGUCAAGGAGCUGGGCAUUGAGAAGGGCGUGCGCGAGGUGGCCGACACGUGGGAGGGCAUGAAGCUGACAGUGUCGCGCUACUCGAAGGGCGGCAGGGAGCGUGGCCACGUGUUGGGCUCGGUGGACGAGGUGCUGCAGGCCCUCGAUGACCACGGCAUGAACCUGCAGAGCAUGGCCGGCAGCCGCUACGUGGGCCCCUUCCUGGCGUCCGUGCAGGGCUGGGAGCGUUCGCUCUCCCACAUUAGUGAGGUCAUACAGGUGUGGAUGGUGGUGCAGCGAAAGUGGAUGUACCUGGAGAGCAUCUUCAUCGGGGGCGACAUUCGGGCGCAGCUGCCCGAGGAGGCCAACAAAUUUGAUGCCAUCGACAAGGAAUUUCAGAAGAUCAUGUCGGAGACAUCGCGUAACCCCGUGAUCAAGGUUUGCUGCCUGGCUACGGGUCGCCUGGCCGACCUGCAGGGGCUGAGCGAGGGGUUGGAGCGUUGCCAGAAGAGCCUCAACGACUACCUCGACUCCAAGCGGAACGCCUUCCCCAGGUUCUUCUUCAUCUCCGACGACGAGCUGCUGAGCAUCCUGGGAAGCGGGGACCCUUCCUGUGUGCAGGAGCACAUGAUUAAGAUGUUCGACAAUGUAGCAUCGCUGACGCUGGAGGCUGGCGGCGCAGGUGGCGGCGUGCUCGCCACAGCCAUGGUGUCGGCCGAAGGGGAACGUAUGGAAUUCCGGACACCGGUGGCGGCCGAGGGCCGCGUCGAGGACUGGAUGACGGCCGUCCUGCACGAGAUGCGGCGCACCAACCGGCUGCUCACCAAGCAGGCCGUCUUCAACUACUGCAAGGACUGUGGCAGGGUGGACUGGAUGCUGCAGUACCAGGGCAUGGUGGUGCUGGCCGGCUGCCAGGUGUGGUGGACCUGGGAGGUCGAGGAUGCCUUCAUCAAGGUCGUGGGCGGGGGCGGCAGUGCGGGUGGCGACAAGAUGGCGGUCAAGGACCUGGCGGAGCGGCUGCACCUGCAGAUCGACGAGCUCGUGACGCGCAUCGCUCAGCCGCUGGAACGCAACGACCGCAAGAAGAUCAACACAGUGCUCAUCGUGGAUGUGCACGCUCGCGACAUCGUCGACGCCUUCGUCAGGGACAGCAUCAUGGAUGCGCGGGAGUUUGAGUGGGAGAGCCAGCUGCGCUUCUACUGGGAGCGCGAGGCUGACGAGCUCUCCGUGCGCCAGUGCACGGGCACCUUCGGCUACGGCUAUGAGUACAUGGGGCUCAACGGGCGGCUCGUCAUCACGCCGCUCACCGACCGCAUCUACCUCACCCUCACCCAGGCACUGUCCAUGUUCCUGGGUGGGGCGCCAGCAGGCCCGGCGGGCACGGGAAAAACGGAAACCACCAAGGACUUGGCCAAGGCCCUGGGCCUGCUCUGUGUUGUGACCAACUGCGGCGAAGGCAUGGACUACAAGGCCAUGGGAAAGAUCUUUUCGGGCCUGGCCCAGUGCGGCGCCUGGGGCUGCUUCGACGAGUUCAACCGCAUCGACGCGUCGGUGCUCUCGGUCAUCUCGUCCCAGAUCCAGACGAUCCGCAAUGCGCUCAUCCACCACCUCAAGCGCUUCCAGUUUGAGGGCUGUGAGAUCGCGCUUGACUCGCGCGUGGGGAUCUUCAUCACGAUGAAUCCGGGCUACGCGGGACGCACGGAGCUGCCCGAGUCGGUGAAGGCUCUCUUCCGGCCCGUCGUGGUCAUCGUGCCCGACAUGCAGCAGAUCUGCGAGAUCAUGCUCUUCUCAGAGGGAUUUCUACUGGCCAAGAUGCUCGCGAAGAAGAUGACGGUGUUGUACAAGCUGGCGCGCGAGCAGCUCUCCAAGCAGCACCACUACGACUUCGGCCUCCGCGCCCUCAAGUCCGUGCUCGUCAUGGCCGGCGAGCUCAAGCGCGGUUCGCCCGACCUCAGCGAGGACGUGGUGCUGAUGCGUGCCCUGCGGGACAUGAACCUGCCCAAGUUUGUGUUUGACGACGUUCCCCUCUUCCUGGGCCUCAUCUCGGACCUCUUCCCGGGCCUAGACUGCCCGCGCGUGCGCUACCCUCAGUUCCACGACGCCGUGGAGGCCACGCUCAGCCCAGGGCGGAUACUUGCCCCCACGCAGGUGGACAAGGUGGUGCAGAUGUACGAGACCAUGAUGACUCGGCACACCACGAUGGUGGUGGGGCCCACGGGUGGCGGCAAGUCCGUGGUCAUCAACACUCUGUGCCAGGCUCAGACGAGGCUGGGGUUGGUGACGAAGCUCUACGUGCUCAACCCCAAGGCCAUGAGCGUGGUGGAGCUGUACGGCGUUCUCGACCCCAACACGCGGGACUGGACCGACGGCGUUCUCUCCAACAUCUUUCGCGAGAUCAACAAACCCACCGACAAGCAGGAGCGCAGGUACAUCCUGUUUGACGGCGACGUGGACGCCCUGUGGGUGGAGAACAUGAACUCGGUGAUGGACGACAACAAGCUGCUGACGCUCGCCAACGGGGAACGCAUCCGCCUGCAGAACACGUGCGCGCUGCUCUUCGAGGUGGGAGACCUGCAGUACGCAUCUCCGGCCACCGUGUCACGUUGCGGCAUGGUCUACGUGGACCCCAAGAACCUGGAGUACCAGCCAUACUGGCAGCGGUGGCGCAACAGCCGCCCCGCCAAGGACCAAGCGGAGCUGCAGCGGCUCUUUGAGAAGUACGUGCCGUCGUGCAUGGAGAUGAUCGUGGACGGGGUGGUGGACGGCCGGCAAGGGGAGCCACUCAAGACCAUCGUUCCCCAAACUGACCUCAACAUGGUGAACCAGCUGUGCGCAAUGCUCAACGCGGUACUGCACGAGGAGGAGGCGGAGGACGCGGCCGUGCUCGAGUGCCACUUCCUGGAGGCGCUCUACUGCUCGCUGGGCGCCACGCUGCUGGAGGGGGCGCGCGCUACCUUCGACUCGCACGUCAAGGGCCUCUCUGCUAUGACCACCGUCGCCGACGACCUCAAGACCGGCGCCCAGCCCGGCGAGCUGCCCGGCCAGUGCCCGACGCUGUUCGAGUACCACUUUGACAGAGAGAGUCAGAGCUGGGUUCCCUGGAGUCGCCUGGUUCCAGCCUACGUGUACGAUGCACAAGUCCGCUUCUGCGACAUCCUGGUCCCCACGGUGGACACGGUGCGCACCAGCUGGCUGCUGGAGCAGAUGGUGCGGACGCGUCGGCCCGUGUUGCUGGUGGGUGAGUCGGGCACCUCCAAGACAGCCACCACGCACAACUUCCUCAAGGGCCUCGACAGCGAUACCACGCUGCUACUGCCCAUCAACUUCUCGUCACGCACCUCCUCGCUCGACGUCCAGCGAAGCCUGGAGGCGAGCGUGGAGAAGAGGACCAAGGACACGUACGGCCCGCCGGUCGGAAAACGCCUGCUGAUCUUCAUGGACGACCUCAACAUGCCGAGGGUGGAUGAGUAUGGCACGCAGCAGCCGAUAGCGCUGCUCAAGCUGCUGCUGGAGAGGGGCAGCCUGUACGACCGCGGCAAGGAGAUGAUCUGCAAGACACUCAGGGACCUUGGCUACGUUGCAGCCAUGGGCAAGGCCGGGGGUGGCCGCAACCAGGUGGACCCUCGCUUCCUCUCGCUCUUCACGGUCUUCCACAUCACCUUCCCGUCCGAGGAAUCGCUCCAUUACAUCUACACCUCUAUUCUACGUGGGCACACCCUGAUGUUUUCGGAAGAGGUGCGAGCGGCGUGCGACCUUUUGACGUCCUGCACGCUGCAGCUGUACCACGCGGCCGUGAGCGAGCUACCCCCGACUCCGUCCAAGUUCCACUACAUCUUCAACCUGCGAGACCUGUCCCGGAUCUACCAGGGCCUCUGCCUCACCACACCUGAAAGGUUCACCACCGUUGGUCACAUGGUGCGGCUGUGGAGGAACGAGUGCCUGCGUGUGUUCCACGACCGUCUCAUCAACACCGACGACAAAAUCCUGGUGGAGCGCCACGUGCGCCGUCUGCUGGAGGAGCACUUUCCGCACGAUGUGGAAGUGACCAUGCGAGACCCCAUCCUCUUCGGCGAUUACCGCUCGGCGCUGAGCCCCGGCGAGCCGCGCCUCUACGAGGACAUCCAGGACUACGAGGCGGCACGUGCGCUCUUCCAGGAAAUCCUGGAGGAGUACAACAGCAGCGAGACGCCCAUGAACCUGGUGCUGUUUGAGGACGCGUUGGAGCACGUGACGCGCGUCCACCGCACCCUGAGGAUGGAGCGCGGCCACGCGCUGCUCGUCGGCGUUGGCGGCUCUGGCAAGCAGUCGCUCUCGCGCCUUGCUGCCUAUGCCGCCGGCUGCCAGGUGUUUGAGAUUACCCUGAGCCGAGGCUACAACGAGAGCAGCCUGCGGGACGACCUGAAGGCCCUGUACACACGCCUUGGCGUGGAGGGGAAGCCCACGGCCUUCCUCUUCACCGACGCCCACGUGGUCGAGGAGGGAUUCCUAGAGCUCAUCAACAACAUGCUGACGGCCGGCAUAGUGCCGGCGCUGUUUCCGGACGACGAGAAGGAGGCUCUGAUCGGGCAGGUGCGGGACGAGGCGGCGCGGGCCGGCUGUGGCCCCGCUCGCGAGAGCGUGUGGCACUAUUUUGUGAGCAAGUGCGCCAGCAACCUGCACAUCGUGCUCGCCAUGUCUCCCGAUGGGGACACGCUGAGGACGCGCUGCCGCAACUUCCCAGGGCUGGUGAACAACACAUGCAUCGACUGGUUCCUGCCGUGGCCCGAGCAGGCCUUGCUGGCCGUAGCGCAAUCCUUCUUGGGUGAGAACCCGAUGAUCCCCAGUGAGCACCGCGGCGCCGUGGUAAGCCACGUGGUGAGCGUCCACUGCUCGGUGGGUGAUUUCAGCGUCCAGUUCCAGCGCAAGCUUCGACGCAGCAACUAUGUGACGCCCAAGAACUACCUGGACUAUCUGGCCACCUACACCCGGCUGCUGGAGGAGAAGGACUUGUACAUCCUUGGUCAGUGCCAGCGUCUGGAGGGGGGACUGGACAAGCUCGCGGAGGCAAGCGUGCAACUGGCUGAACUUAACGAGCGUCUGGCCGAGCAGAAGGUGGUUUUGGCGGCCAAAUCAUUGGCGUGCGAUGCCCUGCUGGAGGAGAUCUCGCGCAGCACGGAGACAGUGAACGAGAAGAAGCAGCUGGCGGAGGAGAAGGCGCGGGAGAUCGAGGACCAGAACCGCGUGAUCGCCGUGGAGAAGGGGGAGGCGGAGGAGGCACUCGCGGCCGCCCUUCCGGCGCUGCAGGCUGCGCGCCGCGCCCUGCAGGAGCUCGACAAAAGUGACGUCACAGAGAUCCGGUCGUUUGCCACGCCGCCCAAGCAGGUGCAGACCGUGUGCGAGUGCAUCCUGUUGAUGCGGGGCCACAAGGAGGUCAGCUGGAAGGCAGCCAAGGGCAUGAUGUCGGAGUCUAACUUCCUGCGCAAUCUCAUGGAGAUGGACUGCGAUGCCAUAGGACAAGGGCAGGUCAAGCUCAUACGAGGGAUUCUGAAGAGCCUGGGCACCACCUACGAGGAGAUGGUGCCCAUUAGCCGUGCUGGCGCUGGCAUGCUCAAGUUUGUUGAGGCCGUCAUGGGCUACUGCGAGGUGGCGCGCGAGAUCAAGCCCAAGCGAGACAAGGUCGCGCGGUUGGAGCGAGACUUCUAUCAGAGCAAGCGCGAGCUGGAGCGUAUCCAGGCGGAGCUGGCGACUCUGCAGGCGGAGCUCGCCGCCCUGGGCAGCAAGUACGAGGCGGCCAUGUUGGAGCGGCAGCAGCUGCAGGCCGAGAACGAGGUCAUGGAGCGACGUCUGCUCGCCGCCGACAAGCUCAUCUCGGGCCUGGGCUCCGAGAACGCGCGGUGGAUGAGCGAGCUGCAGGAGCUGCGCCAGCGGCGGGUGCGCCUGCUGGGCGACUGCGUGCUGUCGGCCGCCUUCCUCUGCUACUCGGGCGCCUUCAGCUGGGAGUUCCGGAGCGCCAUGCUGAGCGACGCCUGGGAGAAGGAGGUGCGCGAGCGGGAGAUCCCACUCAGCCAGCCCUUCCGCGUCGAGUCCCUGCUCACCGACGACGUGGAGAUCAGCAGGUGGGGCUCGGAGGGUCUGCCGCCCGACGAGCUGUCGGUGCAGAACGGUAUCCUGACGACGCAUGCAAGCCGCUUCCCGCUCUGCAUCGACCCGCAGCAGCAGGCCCUCAACUGGAUCCGCCGCAAGGAGCAGAAGAACAACCUCAAGGUGUCAUCGUUCAACGACCCAGACUUCCUGAAGCAGCUGGAGAUGGCGAUAAAGUAUGGCUUCCCGUUCCUCUUCCAAGACGUGGACGACUACAUCGACCCCGUGAUCGACAAUGUGCUCGAGCGGAACAUCAAGGGGCAGCAGGGGCGGCAGUACGUGGUGCUGGGCGACAAGGAGGUGGAUUAUGACCCGAGCUUCAGGCUCUACCUCAACACGAAGCUCGCCAACCCCAGGCUCUCGCCGUCCAUCUUCGGCAAGGCCAUGGUCAUCAACUACACGGUGACGCUGAAGGGCCUGGAGGACCAGCUGCUGAGCGUGAUCGUGGCGUUUGAGCGCAGCGAACUGGAGGAGCAGCGCGAGCGCCUCAUCCAGGAGACGAGCCACAACAAGCGCCUGCUCAAGGAGUUGGAGGACUCGCUGCUGCGCGAGCUCGCCACCUCCACGGGCAACAUGCUGGACAACGCCGAGCUCGUGCUCACGCUGGAGGACACCAAGGCCAAGGCCACCGAGGUGGCGGAGAAGCUGGCACUGGCGGAGAAGACGGCGCUGGACAUCGACCGCCUGCGCGACGGUUACCGCCCGGCAGCCAAGCGCGGGGCCCUGCUGUUCUUCUCGCUCGCUGACAUGGCCCAGGUGAGCGGGAUGUACCAGUACUCGCUGUCCGCCUUCCUCGGCGUGUUCGACCUGUCACUGCGCAAGUCUCUCCCGGACACCGCGCUUCCCAAGAGGCUCGUCAACAUCACGGACACGCUCACGCACAACGUCUACAACUACGGCUGCACAGGGCUCUUCGAGAAGCACAAGCUGCUGUUCUCGCUCAACAUGGCGAUCCGAUUGGAGCAGGCCGAGGAGCGCGUCCCUCAGAGUGAGCUGGAUUUCUUCCUCAAGGGCAACAUCUCCCUGGAGAAGAGCGCUCGCGCGCGCCCCUUCGACUGGCUGCCCGAGCAGGGCUGGCAGGACGUGGUGCAGCUCGCCGAGGUGUCGCCCGACGCCUUCGCCUCCCUCCCCGACCACGUGGAGCGCAACGGGGAGGCCUGGAGACAGUGGUUCGACCUGGACACGCCGGAGCAGGCGCCCCUCCCAGACGGCUACGCCCACUCGCUCUCCGCCUUCCAGCACCUGCUGGUGCUGCGCUGCUUCCGCGUGGACCGCGUGUACCGCGCCAUCUCCGACUACGUGGCCAGCACCAUGGGGGAGAGGUAUGUCCAGCCGCCGGUGGUGAACCUGGAGGGCGUGCUGGAGCAGAGCUCGCCCAUGUCCCCCGUCGUCUUCAUCCUCAGCGCCGGCUCCGACCCCGCCGGGGACCUGGCCAAGCUCGCCGAGAGGACCGGCUUCAGCGGCAGCCGCCUGAAAAUGCUGGCAAUGGGACAGGGGCAGGAGAAGGUGGCGCUGCAGCUGCUGGGGCACGCGGUGUCACGCGGUCACUGGCUCAUGCUGCAGAACUGCCACCUGCUGCCACGCUGGCUCAAGGAGCUGGAGAAGGCACUGGAGGGCAUCUCGAAGCCGCACCCGGACUUCCGCCUCUGGCUGACGACUGACCCCACGCCCAGCUUCCCCAUCGGCAUCCUGCAGCGCUCGCUGAAGGUGGUGACAGAACCACCCAACGGCCUGAAGCUGAACCUACGCGCCACCUAUUUCCGCGUGUCGCACGAGGCGCUGGACGGCUGCCCACACCCGGCGUUCCGGCCGCUCGUGUACACGCUCGCGUUUUUCCACGCCGUGGUGCAGGAGCGCCGCAAGUACGGCAAGCUGGGCUGGAACGUGCCGUACGACUUCAACGAGUCCGACUUCCAGGUGUGCAUGGAGAUUCUCUGCACCUACCUGAGCAAGGCGCACGAGCAGGCCAAUGGACGCAUCCCCUGGGCCAGCCUCAAGUACCUCAUUGGCGAGGUGAUGUACGGUGGGAGAGCCAUCGACAGCUUCGACAGGCGCAUCCUGACUACCUACAUGGACGAGUACCUGGGCGACUUCCUCUUCGACUCCUUCCAGAUGUUCCACUUCUUCUGCAACAGCGAGACCGACUACCGCCUCCCGCCAGACGGGCCCAAGGAUGCCUACGUCGCUGAGGUGGAGUCGCUUCCGCUGGCCAACACGCCCGAGGUGUUUGGGCUCCACUCGAAUGCCGAGAUCGGCUACUACACGCAGGCAGUGCGCGCCAUGUGGAGGCAUCUGGUCGACCUGCAGCCGCAGACAGGUGAGACGGGCAGCGGGGUGAGCCGCGACGAGUUCAUCUCGGGGGUGGCUCGCGACAUCCAGGCGCGGCUGCCACUGCCAUUCGAGCUGGGCCAGACGCGCAAGCAGCUGGGCGCCGUGCUGUCGCCCACGGCCGUCGUGCUGCUGCAGGAGAUGCAGCGCUUCAAUGCGCUGCUGCAACGCAUGGCGCGCUCGCUCGCCGAGCUGCAGAGGGCACUGGCGGGCGAGGUGGGGAUGAGCGGGGAGCUGGAUGAGGUGGCACGCGCCCUCUUCAACGGGACGAUCCCGGCCAUCUGGCGCCGCCUGGCUCCGGAUACCCUCAAGUCUCUCGCUAACUGGAUGGUGCACUUCCACCAGCGGCACCAGCAGUACUCGGCAUGGGUCGAGGACGGGGAGCCGACCGUCAUGUGGCUGUCCGGCCUGCACAUCCCCGAGUCCUACCUCACGGCGCUGGUGCAGGCCACGUGCCGCAAGAACGGCUGGCCGCUCGACCGCUCCACGCUCUACACGCAAGUCACGACCUUCCGCGGUCCCGAGGAGGUCACCGAGCGGCCCGGGCAAGGGUGCUUCGUGUCAGGCCUGUUCCUGGAAGGGGCCGACUGGGACGUGGAGGCCAGCUGCCUGGUGCGGAGCAAGCCCAAGGUGCUGAUGGUGCAGCUGCCGGUCCUCAAGAUCAUCCCCAUCGAGUCGCACCGCCUCAAACUCCAGAGCACGCUGCGGACGCCAGUUUACACGACAUCCACGCGCCGCAACGCGAUGGGCGUGGGCCUGGUGUUCGAGGCCGACCUCUUCACUACAAAGCACCCGUCCCACUGGGUGCUGCAGGGCGUCUGCCUCACCCUCAACUGCGACUAGGACCUCAGCUGUGCAUGACGCCGCCCCGAUGCACAGUCCCCCCCCCUCGGUGCAGAUGUUUGCCCCCUCGCUCUUCUUAUCUUAUCCACGAUUUUAUAGAGCACUUUUGUCAAAGACCUUUACAAGAAUAAAAAAUGAUACAUUAGUAUUGGUGGAUGCGGAAAAGGGAGGGGAUUUGAGUGUUGGGGAGGAGAGGUGAUGUUAAGGAAGGGUGAUGAUAGGAAAAGGGAGGGGCGAGGUUAGAAGGGGACGGGGGGGGGGGAUGAUAAAGGACAGGAAGUAGUAGAGGGAUACGCUGUUCAUCGUGAUACGCUGUUCAUCGUGAUACAUGCUGCUGUGCGGUGGCCGGGUGGCGCAGAGGAGCCAAGGCAGUGUUCAGAACAAUGAGACGGUGGUACUGCUGAGAUCCUGGGUUUCGGAGCCUUGGGUCUCAGCCUUCUGUGAUCAAACCAGGUUCUCAAGUGCAGAGAUAAUGGUCUCUGCCCAUUCACCAAUGACGAGUAAAAAAAAAAAACUAUCAUGUUAAAUUGGUUUUUACUUAAUUCAGUACAUUUUCCAGCUCCAACGGCUAAAAGACACCUGGUUGCCAUGCAAAAAGCAUCUCCUGUCGCAGGCCAAUAUGCAAAGAGACUUAAUUCGUAUGUCUGUCACAUCAUCUUCCAAAGGUCUCUCUCUAACAUGGGCAGAUAUACUGCUGUCUGAGAGUUCCGAAUGGAAAUGUGCGUCGUAACAUGACACCGAUAGCAUCAUAGGACCUAAUUCGCAAAAACAAUCAUGCGCUCGACAAAGUGCAAUAACUCAGACCGCAAUGGCCACAGAGUUCAUUGUACUAGUCCCCUGAAGCCAGAAUGUAAAGCAUGCAUUUUCAAAAGCCCAACUACCCACUUAUGACCCUUUCAAAUGAUGCACUUUUGCAAAUGUAUAUUGUAAGGCUGGCUUGCACACAAACAGUAAUAUGUUGUGUAUGUUCUUUUUGUAGCUUUGUACGGCAGUAGUAAUUUUAUCCUCUUUCACGUAACAAUAUUUUUUAUUACUUCCGCUGCAGUCUUCAUCAGUGCUGCGUGCGUGUGUGAAUCAUGCCUUCUAAUACAAAUGUAAAUCAUGUCGCAAGGUGCUGUGUAGAAGACAUUGCAAAAAAUCAUAAACUCUCACAAGCAAAAUGUGUAAGGCGUUGGCUCUUUUUAUUUUGAAUCAUUUUUAAAUUAUCAUCACCAUUAUCGUAAUGUUUUGUAAUUAUUAUUUACUACGUAGCAUACAGCAAAUCAUGAGUAAGUAAAAAAACAAACCGUGUCUAGGUCGACUUAAAUAAAGAAUUAGAU